AUGGCUCCCGUACGGUACAGCCUCCAUUAUGAAGAUUAUUCUGAACACAUGAUGUCUAGAUUUGGGAAAUUAUUACAAAUGCAAUCAUUAGUGGACAUGACCCUAAUGUGUAGCUCUCAUACCUUACGAGUACACAAAGCUGUGUUAGCCGCAAGUAGUACUUAUUUUCAGGAAGUAUUACAAAAACAACCCGGCGAACCUCUUAUAAUAUUGAAAAUGAGAUUUAACGUUUUAAAAUGCCUAGUCGAGUUUAUGUAUUGCGGGAAGACUCAGUGCUUAGAAGAGAACUUAGAUGAACUGGUGUCCGCAGCUCAGUUUUUAAAAAUUAAGGGACUAUCUAAAGUUACUAAAGAGGGUUUGGGCAUUGCCAAUAACAGCGAGCUGCCCGUCUUUAUGCCGCCCGUUGUUAUCAAUCGACCGCCGCAGUCCCUUGUUGAUUUGCAUUCGCAGGUUCCUUCGAAGGAGAAUGAGGCGAGUCACUCAACGCCACAAAUGACGUCAGUCAACUCUAAUUCAGCACCACACGGCUUAGAAAGAAAUAACAGGGACAUGGUCGUCAGGAUUCCUUUUGACAUCGAGAAUGGAGGGAGCUCCAUGAUUGAUUACCCGAACGCCCCGCGUGUUAUAAAACCUCGACGGGGCAGGCCUAGCAUGAGGCGAUCGGGCUGGGAUGGCCCCGCCCCACUGGGCCGUGCUGCGGAACGGGCACUUCUUCGUCGCGAGCAGGACUCGCGGAAGGCUAUACAUCACUUGAAGCAUUUGCAGACUCGACAUAUGCAGGAUUACAUGGAUAAAGUGACAUUAUCACAAGCAGUAAAUAGCAUCUGUGGAAUUGACGCACCGAAUUACAUGGAAAACGACGUCAUGUACGCAGAUCCAAAUGUUUCGGCUAAUAUAAUGGAUUCGGCAAGCACAUAUUGCAAAGAUAACAGCGAAUCAGCUGCUUCUAGUUAUAAUAAUGGAAAAAUUACUAGUCCAAGUAACACUGCCACUACCAAAAUGAACACAGCGAUGUCUCAAUAUGUUAACGCAUUGAAGAACGCCGGACUCCCGACUGAUCUGCCCAUACUUUUUGAAUCCGGUGACGGCUCCUAUAUUAACGUCAACGAGCAAGUCCUUCUCGACAUGGUGCAGAGCAGCGAAAUACAAUACGAAGUUAUAGAGCAGCCAAACAUUAUAGAAAAGGUAGCCGACCCAUCGGAAAUUAAAAGUAUCGAUGAUUUGUCAAAAUCCAUUGAACGGGGAGAAAUGAUACUAGGCCAGAAAAACUUUUCGACGAUGAAUAACUACGACAAAGGCCCCGGUCAGUUUGCGCACCAGGAUGCUCUGAAUAGCCUCAAUGAGAUCCUCCCGGACACGUUUGGAGAACAAGAAAGUUAUGUAGUUCUAGACUCACGUCUUCAGGAAAAUAAUAAUACUAUGGAGUCGAUGGGCGCUGCAGAUUUCUCAUGUAUCGAUGGCGACAUGCAAUACUUUACGAAGUCACUUGGCGACGACAUCAAGAAAUAUUAUGAAGAUCAACAGUUGAAUGAGACUCCAGCAAGUGCAGGUUUAGCGACCAGUUUCAAUAUGUCAUUACUGGACACGAAAAUAUCGCACUUAAACGAAAAUCUGAAUCAAUCUUAUAAUUCAUUAACUGUUGAAGACUUGAGGAGAAACGAUGAAUACGACUUCGGCUUGCAGCUUCCACAAAACAGCGAAUUCAAGGACGAAAUCGACUGCUUAAUGUCGACUCCAAAACAUAAUGCGGAAAGCUGUUUCGAAAACGAACGUGCAAACCAGGAGCGUGACGAAAUAAUCAAAGAUCUAAUGAAUUUGGAGAAGAAUGUUAGUAAGAAUAAAAUGGAGAGCGACAACAAAACUAAUAUUAUUGAUGAACAAAUUACUAGUGGACGAUCGAACAUUCAAGACUUUGGUAUAAACAUGUUCGAUGACUCGGACGCCACAUCAGAGGCAAAUCAUGAUGUCAACAGAAGUGAAAAUCCUUGGGAUAGUAUCGACAAGGAUUCUAAUAAUGAUCACAACCACUUCAGUGCUGAUGUAUCGCGCGAUCCAAUAAAAAAACAAUUCCCAGAACCUAUAAGGGACUUGACUGAUAAUAUCGAUGCAAAAGCAGAUCAGUCGAUUGAAAAUUUACUACACGAGUCUAGUGAUGUGGGGAGCGCUGAUCCUGAAUUAAGUAACAUCGAUACGAAUGGAGAAGGAAACGAAAUUCCCUUUGCUGUCGGUCUACAACCAUUGAAGCAGUCGACAUCUGCAAACGAUAAUUCGUUAUUGAAAAGAAAAAGCAGUGAAGACUUUGAUAGUUCACAUUCUGAUGAUACUAAGUAUUUGAAAUGUAAAAGUAAAUCUAAAAAAUUAUGA